CCGAUUUGAACGAGUCGGUAUGUCAUGCUCUGUUUCCAUCCACUCCCACCCUCAGGUACUACUGCUCUAGUAUCUAAUGUCUUCUUUCCACCUCAAGCGCGGCGAUAUUCUGGAAAAAAAGGGGGAAGACGAAGGCCUAUCUGGUAGGCUACUGAAGCAGGGAAUGGAUUGGAUCAAUCUUCGGAGUGCAGUACGCGAAAUGGCCUACAACUCGCGAAAUUUUGCACACGAGUAUCACAAACGUCACCAAGAAACAGACUCGAUUAAAGAUCUACUCGAUGCCAUCGACAACUUGUCGGACGGUAUCAGCAAGCAAAUAAGCCGGCUGGACGAGAUCUCCAAGGACCUGAUUCAAAUGGAAUUCAACUUGGUAUCCAUCAAUGAGGCUCGGAAGUCGACAAGCCUGUCGACAAGCAUGAAGCGCCUGAGUUGGAUUACGUUCACCUUUCUCCCCCUUACUUUCAUAUCUGGCCUCUUCGGUAUGAAUGUCGAUAUUCUCGAAUCCAACCCAUACUGGUGGUGGUACAUUCCAUUUGCCGUCGGCACAAUGCUCAUCACAGCCACUGUGUGGAUAAUCUUCAAAUUGAACCCUCAUCUGGAGGAUAAAAUUGAAAAGGAGUUCCGUAGGCUAAUAUGUGGGGAACGGCCGCGAGUGAGAAGAUGAGCCGGCCGGAUUCAUCGGAGGAUUGGCAGGGAAGAAGUUAACGGUGAUGGGGGUAGGGUGACUCCGACUCUCGAACGCUACCAGGUAGUAUUUAUA